CGCUCUCUUCUCUCCCACUCACUUGGUCUCUGCUCGCAUCACCCCCAUCGCACCAAUGGCUGGUCCUCAUAUGACUCAGGAAAUCACUGCUGAGCAAGCUCGACAGUACGAGUUGAACGCCAUCAAGGUUGGCCAACCGCUCGCUAUCCCCUUCUCAUUACAGCCCGCCACCGCGCAGUCCACAAAUGCUCGCACGAUACCGGCACCGGCUCCAGGUGUGAUCGGCGCUGCAGUCGUCCACCAUCCUCAACUCGUCGUCAUCCAGGGUACCCCAGGAACCUUGGUGCCCGCAAAGCGAACUGGGGCGGAUGAGCCCACAUCCGAGACGAAAAAGGCAAAAUCAAAGGCUUCUGCUACCAAUUCGACGAAGAAGGGCAAGAAGAGAGCGAGUUCGUCAGCAGGGAAGUCGAAGGGCGCCACAGGGAAGUCACAAGAUACUGCGAUUGCAGUCGAGUCACAGGUCUCUGAAGAUGCCUCGUCAUCCGAGGACGAUGAUGACGAGCCUGACGACACUCCAGACAACGAUUCCGACGAGGAUGCUCCGGUACUGGUCAAGGCAAAGCGAGGCAAGAGUUCAAGUGCGAACGGUAAACAAGCUGGGCUCACUUCGGGUGGAGGAACAGUUACAGAACAAGCCCUUGCCUUCGAACAGCUUCGGUUGAGCAUGCACGCCGCAAACUGCACGAUCCAGGCGGCCACGGCAGACCUCGCCAUCAGGUACACAAACUUGCAGUCUCAGCUCUCCAACUCGGCCACCAACAGGGUAGCGACCCUUGCGAGGGCAACAAGGGACCAUUUAAAAAGUCUCGUGCUUGCCCAACAGCUGGGCAUGCGAAUCCCCGAGCUCAAGUUGCCGCCGAUUGCUGACCCCGUUGCUCCGGAUCUCACCGGCCUCUUGGGCAACAUGACCCCCUACACUUCUACCUGGUUCGACUUGGGCGGAGCUCGUCCUUCGGCUAAUGCGGAGGUCACUGCCCCGGCUCCUCGCUACCUUGCCGCUUCGACCCUUCCUGGAGGCUCUGGAGCUGGCGAUGCUGGGCCGAGUUCCAGUGACUCUCUGCAGGGUUAAAACACUCCCAAGUCUGCUGGCUCGCUUUCGGUUUAGAGUGCAAUCCGCUCGGACGCUUUCCCUGCUGCAAUGGACUUGCCUGUGGCUUCGUUUUCCCAGUCUGUGUCUCUUAAAUGUCUCAUUCGCUUUUGUACUGCAGUCGCCUCACCUCCUCGCUUUUGUACUGCUGCCUCGCAUUCUCACGGUUGUUCAUCUCUUUUCGGACUAGCAUAAAU